AUGACAAAGACACUGCACCCAUCGCUGCCGCAGCCCUCAUCAACGCUGUCUCAUUGGCACCGGACAACCCGUUCAUUUCCUCACCUACAUGCUAAUCGACUCGCCCCAGUCCCAUCCUCAACUAAGUUUCUAGUCAUUGGCUCUGGAAUCUCAGGAGCAUUGACUGCUUGGAAACUAAUUGAGAGCGGAGUAAAAGGCGAAGAUGUCUUGAUUCUUGAGGCUCGAGAAGCUGUUUCAGGCGCUAGUGGGAGAAACGCUGGCCAUGUUCGUCCCGAUUCUUUUCGGGGCUUUCCCGGAUAUGCUGCAAAACAUGGCAGCGAACAAGCAAAAAAGAUCCUCGAAAAUGAGAGAAAAGUUCUGGAAACUGUUCGCCAAUUUGUCAAGGAACAUGACGUUGAGUCUGAUUUUAACUACUUGCGAACCUUUGAGGUGGCGUUAACUGAAGAGUUUGCUGAUAUCCUCGCGAACGCUUUCGAAGAAUUCAAAGCCGCCGGCGGUGAUACCUCGCAUAUCAAAGUCUACAAGGGCGAGGAAGCUAAGCGUGAGACAAGAGUCCCAACGGCCAUCUCUGCAUAUGAGUCACCUGCUGCAUCUAAUCACCCAGCGAAGCUAGUACAGUGGAUCCUGAACGAUUUCGUCACAAAAGACGGCAAAUUAUGGACUCAUUGCCCAGUAACUAAUAUUGUUCCGGCCGAGAGACCUAAUGAAUCAGGUCCAAGAUGGAAUGUUCAAACUGCCCGUGGGGUUGUUGCCGCUGAAAAUGUCAUCCACUGCACCAACGCGCAUGCUGCAUAUCUUCUACCAGAACUAAGCAAAUUUGUCACCCCUCGGCGAUCACAAGUGAACUCAUUUGUUCCGCCACUAUCUCUUUCUGGGGAAGAUACGCUCAAGCAUACCAUGGCGCUACGAUACAAACCCGACCAUUUCUUCUCUGUGAACUCAUUGACAAACGGCAUGGUUCUUCUUGGUGGUACCGGAACCAGAAGUGCAUCGGAUAAGUCGUCAGAUGAUCUCAUCUCAUUUGAUGACUCGAAAUAUAGCGACCGACUUGCGCAGAAUAGCCUCAAUGAAUUUUUAGGCCUAUGCCAAGAACCGGAUUCUGCUUCGCUUCGUCAUGGAGAAGGACUAGAUCAUGCUUGGACUGGAAUUAUUGGUAUGACAGCUGAUAAUGCGCCUCUGGUUGGUCCGAUUGACGGAUUGGAAGGUCAAUGGAUCUGUGCGGGAUUCAAUGGUCAUGGUAUGCAUACUCUUUUUUUAUGA